AUGUGUGGUAGUCAAUCAAAUUCAUGUUGCGGAUCAAGCUCUUCCAGUAAGGGAUCCACUGGUGCUAGUUUAGCUUCAUCUUCGUCUUCAAACAAGGGUCAAUGUUGUGGAAGUUUGUGCAAGUGUGGGUCAGGUUGUGGAUGUCCAUCGUGUAACACCACCAAGCUUUAA